AUGCAAGCAAAAUGGAAAAUAAUUGACUUCAAUAAUAACAAUAAUCAUAAUGUUGAUAAGAUUUUGAGAAAAGAGAAGAAAAGUAUAACACCAGUUUGUCCAAUGCCAAAAUAUUGUUCUCGAUAUGGUGUACGUGGUUGUUUAAGACAUUUAUAUUAUUUAAAUGAUUUACUCGAUCGAGCUGAACAAGGAUUUAUGAUUGAUCCACAAUUAAUUCAUUAUAGUUAUGUAUUUUGUGCUUCACAUGUCUCAGGAAAUCGACCCGAUAAUAAUGUAUCGACUAUUACAAUGGAAGAAAAAGAUCGUUUUAAUGAAAUAAAAGAACGAUUAAAAAUAUUUCUUGAACAUCAAGUUACUAAUUUUAGAUUUUCAUUUCCAUUUGGUCGACCCGAAGGUGCAUUAAAAGCAACAUUAAGUUUAUUAGAACGUGUUUUAGCUAAAGAUCUAGCUACACCAAUAUCUCGUGAUGAUAUACGACAUUUUAUUGGCAAAUGUCUUGAAAAUGCAGCAUAUAUUAAUUAUACACGUGUAUCUGAUCAAGCUAAAAUUGAAGAAACAGUUUACAAUAGUGAUGAUUCACCGAGAAAAAAAGUUGAGGAUUUAAUUCAUCUAGCUGAAUUAUGUAUUGAAUUAUUACAACAAGAUUCAGAACAUUAUCGAGAAGCAUUUCAACAAUAUAAUGAUUUAUUAAUUGAACAUGAAGAAAUUUUUUGGUCAUUAUUUGCUGUUGAUAUGGAACAUGUUAUUGAUCAACAACCAAUUGAAAGUUGGGAUUCAUUUCCAUUAUUUCAAUUAUUAAAUGAUUAUCUUCGAACACAUGAGUCAUUGUCAAACGGCCGAUUUCAUCAGCAGUUACGUGAUACAUUUGCACCAUUAGUUGUCCGUUAUGUAGAUUUAAUGGAAUCAUGCAUAGCACAAUCAAUACAUAAAGGUUUUGAAAAAGAAAAUUGGAAACCAAAAGCACGAGGAUGUGCAACAAGUGAAGAUAUAUUAUGGAAACUUGAUGCUUUACAAUGUUUUAUUCGUGAUUUACAUUGGCCGGAUGAAAUCUUUGGUGAACAUCUUGAAAAACGACUUAAACAAAUGGCUUCAGAUAUGAUUGAAGCUUGUGCUAAAAGAGUAUGGCGUCAUUUUGAAACAUGGAUAAAAAAAGGUGGUUUAAUUGGCGGUACCAGUUCAGAUUAUCUUCUACCAUCUGAAUGUUGUGUUAUGAUUAAUGUUAUACUUGAUUGUAAAGUUCAAGCUUUAAAAUUAUGUGCAUUGCAUAGCGGUGAUCUUCAUCAAUAUCAUACACGUAUUGAUGAAUAUUUAGAAAAAAUUUUAAGUGAUAUGUCAAAAGCAUUAAUACAAAAAUUACUUAGUGUUCUGGAUUCUAUAUUAAAAAAAUUAUCACGUUAUGAUGAAGGAUCAUUUUUUGCUCAAAUACUUUCAUUAACAAAACCAAUUAAUGAAGAUGGUCAAGCAUAUGUAUCAUGUGUAAAUGCUAAUUUAGAACAGUUACGUCAAAAAAUUAGUGAUGAAAUAUUUACAUUAACUAUAUUUGAAGAAUGGUAUCGACAACAAACACACUUUAUUUUUAUGUGGCUUGGCGAAAGAACAGAAAUUAGUCUUCAUUCAUAUCAAUUAGCUUGUUUAAUGUUAAUUGUUAAAAAAACUCAUGGAAGUUUUGAAUUACAAGGUGUUCAAGAAAAAGAUCUUAAUUCACAGUUGUAUAAUAGUAUUAUGCAAAGAUUACACUUCGAAGAAACAGCAAAUGCAGUAAAAUAA